GCCGAAGAUGUUGGCUCGGUCAUGUGAUCAGCUGUGUCCAUCUGCAUUUCUGCAUUUCUCUCCUCUCGAGCUGUCACUGCCACCUGUCAGUGUAUCAGUGCCUUGUGUCAGUGCUCAUCAGUGCCUCGUGCCAGUGCCCAUCAAUGCCACAUAUCAGUGCCUACCAGUGCACAUCAAUGCCACAUAUCAGUGCCCAUCUGAGCUGCCUUUCAGUGUCACCCAUCAGUGCCAGCCAGUGCCACCUAUCAAUGCCAAUCAGUACCACCUAUCAGUGCUGCCAAUCAGUACCACCUAUCAGUGC